CAAGGCCUUCAUCGACACCAUGCUCCGGAAGACAGAGUCCAUCGACGAGCUCCUCUCCGUCCUCCAACGAUCUGCACUUUCGAUCGUGAUUUUUUCAGAAAAUUUUGCGGAUUCACCCUGGUGCUUGGACGAGGUGGCCACGGUUGUCCAAAGCAUGGCGAAAUUCGGCCAUCGAGCACUGCCGGUAUUCUACAAGGUUUGUUGGUCUGAUGUGGCAGGGGACUCUGGCUGUUACUCUGCUAUCAUCGAUGACGAGCUUAAAGCGAACUCGGUGGACAACAAGAGAUGGAGAGAUGCUCUAAAAGCGGUGGCUAAUUGUGCUGGACAUACCUCCAUGGCGAUCCCGAUUGAAUCUGAACUGAUUGAGAAGAUUGUGGAAGAUGUUCAGAAGCAACUAAUAGACAUGUCACCAAGCAUCAAGUCCGAAAACUUGGUUGGUAUGGGUUCACGCAUUUUGGAGGUUGAGCGAUUGUUAGCCAUGGAUGAAGCAGAUGGUAUUCGCAUCAUUGGGCUGUGGGGAAUGGGUGGUGUAGGGAAAACAACCCUGGCAAAAGCUUGCUAUGGAAGGAUGGUUUCAUCCAAGAAAGACAUCAAACAUCUUUUCAUCCGGAACAUCAACCAAAUUUGUGAAAGGCAGCAGGGGGUUGAGGGAAUAGUGCAUGAGCUCUAUUCAAAAAUUUUGUCCGAGAGUAAUAUAAGUCAUGAAGAUUUAGAUAUACAUUAUCGAAGAGCACGCCUUUCUCGCUCGAAGGUGUUCAUUGUUCUUGACGAUGUGGAUACUCUUCACCAACUAGAGCAAUUGCUUUUAGGUGAUGUCUUCAAUCUCACCAAAAUCUUCGCCCCAGGGAGCAUAAUCAUCGUUACAACUAGAAAUAAGAAAGUGCUCCAUAAUGCAAUGGCAAAGAUAUACGCAGUUGCUUGUUUGAAUGACAGCGAAACUAUUCAACUAUUCAGCUUACGUGCAUUCAGAACCCAUUGCCCCCCAGAUAAUUGGAUGGAUAUUUCAUGCCGGGCUACAUCGUACUGCCAGGGUAACCCCUUGGCGCUUAGAGUUUUGGGCGGUAUGUUGUUUCGUGAGGACAAAGAUUACUGGGAGAGUUUCUUGGGGGGAUUUAGCCUGAUUCAAAAUCCAGAAAUUGGUGAUGUUCUUAGGAGAAGCUACGAUAAAAUGGGAGCUGAUGAGAAGCGACUGUUCUUGGAUGUUGCUUAUUUCCUUCAUGGUAUAUCAAGAUCCAGACUGGUUGGAUAUAUGGAAACCUUGUAUUCAUCCGCUCGUGCUAAGGUGAAGGACCUAAUUGAUAUGUCCCUCUUGCUUUGUAUCUCUUACAAGGAUGGAGAGAAGAUUGAGGUGCAUGAUCUGCUCAAGGAAAUGGCGAUGAGCAUUGGCAUAAAGACGAUGGUUCCACCAAGAAGGAAAAGAAGAAAAGCAACAAACAUGCAUCCGAAAGGCAAUUGUGCAUUGGAGGGACUGAGAACAGUUGAAGGUAUCAGUUUGGAUCUUCAUAAUGCAAAAGAGAUGCAUCUGGAAGCAAAUGCCUUUGAAGGGAUGGAUUCUCUCACGUUUCUCAAAUUCUGUAUUACUUGUCACUAUCCAAUUGGGAAGAAGAAUAUAAAAUUGCCAUAUGGUGGGCUUGACUUUCUUCCUAACGGGUUGAGAUGGCUGCAAUGGGAUGAGUACCCUUCCAAGUCACUACCUUCAGGAUUUUAUCCCUGUCAUCUCGUCCAUCUUAUUUUACGAUGGAGCCCAAUUAAAAAAUGUUGGGAAGGAUUUGAUCAACCAAAGCUAGUGAAUCUGAUGGUGCUCGAUCUCUCCUUUUGCUCCAAUCUUACUGUUAUCCCAGAUCUCUCGUGCUCUUUACAACUUGAAGAACUCCUACUUCAGGAUUGUACAAGCCUAGUUGAAGUACCCUCUCAUGUUCAAUAUCUGGACAAGCUGAUAACACUUGACCUUGGACGUUGUGUGAACAUCAGGCGUCUUCCAUCAAAGCUCAACUCAAAGGUCCUCAAGCAUGUUAAGAUAAACGAUUGUCCAAUGGUCAGGCACUGUCCGGAGAUUAAUUCAGGAGAGUUGAUGGAAUUGGAUUUAAGUGGGACACCGGUCAGGGAGUUACCGAGUGCAAUUUACAGUGUCAAGGAAGGUGGCAGCCUACGUCUGUAUGGAAAAAUCAUUACCAACUUCCCCGCAGUUUCAGCAAGCUUGAAUGAGUUUAAUCUGAACCAUACAACAAUGAAAGAGAUGAAUUCUUAUGAUCAUCAUCAGGCUUCUUCCAAGUUACUGCCAAAAUUUGCUUCGCUGAGUUUGCACGGUAACUCACAACUCAAGAGCCUGCCGAAGUAUAUAUGGAACAUGGUCUCUUUUGAUCUCUUUAUUAGUAGCAGCCCACUUCUUGAUAGUCUGCCAGAGAUCUCAGAGCCUGUGAAUUUUUUAUCCUGUUUUUGGAUACAUCAGUGUGAACGUCUCAAAAGCCUCCCAUCCAGCAUCAACAAUUUAGUAAAUCUACAGUGUCUCAGUUUGUCAAACACUGGCAUUAAGUCGUUACCUUCCUCUAUCCACGAAUUGGACCGACUCCAGUCAAUAGAACUGAUCAACUGCAAAAGCCUUGAGUCUAUCCCGAGCAAUAUCCACAAACUACCAAAGCUAAACAAGUUGUGGUUGAGCGGAUGUGAAAGUAUUGUAUCUUUGCCGGAACUUCCACCAAGUCUCUCUGAGUUGGAUGUCGGUGGCUGCAAGUCCUUACAAGCUCUACCAAGCAAUGCCACCAAGCUGAGUUGGAGGCGCCUCUUGUUGUACAAUUGCCCCAAAUUAGACAUGACAAUUCCUGAUGAAAUCGUGGCAAAUUACCUGAUAUAUGCACCAUCAUUUGAGCGUUAUAAGCCAUAUGAGCUUCAAUAUUUAGGGAAUAAGAUUCCCGAAUGGUUUGCCUACAAAAGCAUGAAGGAUAAGGAUAAUUCAUGUUUGACGGUGCAAUUGCCUCCUGCUAACCGCACUAGCAGCAAGCAACUAAUCAGAGGAAUUGCAUUUGGUGUGGUGUGUUCAUCUUCAAAUGCUUGGCUUGUGAUAUGUGAUUGCGUCAUUGGUACGGUAACUGUUGCCUCUUGGAGCUGUUAUGUUCCUCGGUGGUAUGCGAUGAAGUCGUCGGACAAUGUAUUAUUAUGGUUCGCAUCAGAUGAGAAAGCGGGCAGUGUAGGAGAAGGAGAAGCAUGGUAUGUGAAAUAUGCUGGCCACACUGUUUCAUUCAGUUUCUACCCUCAUGGAGGAGAUGCCAAGCCAUGGAAGAGGAAGUUGAAAAUCAAAAGAUGCGGGGUCUCUCUACUAUAUUAAGUACAGCCAGUUCGAUUUUUCAUACAGAGAGAAAGAGAUGGCAAGUUGGGGGAAACAAAACAGAAUUUCUCUCACUGUCCAAUCAGCUAAUUUCAGCAUCACCCGCCGGAGAGAAUCGACGCGGCGGUGGCUGCCGAUCACUUUCCUCAAUGAGGUCCACUGUAUCAACAUUGCCAUCCUCGUCCCUCCUUCCAUCCCACUUCUUUCACAGAACUCACGCGGCUGCCCUUCCGCCAUUCCCUCGCCGGAAUGCACUCGCUGAUGGCUGAUCGGAAUGGAACGGUCCGGAAUGGAAGGGAAAGCCUUUCCCGUUCAGCAAAGGCUGCUGCUUUUACCGCCUGGAGGUUAACAAUGGCCAGCGACAGAUAAUUUACGCGAGGGAUAGUGUGGAGCCUGCUAUGAAGCCCGGAGAGGCAGUGUUGACGGCUAUGAGGGGAGUGAGUUGGUUGCUGCAGCAGUUUCCGCAGCUGGCAGAUCGGCUUCCACAAUGACCUCUCCGCAGCCGUAUCAUUCUUGUUGUGAGAGGUUCCUUUGAUGGGUAUUAUAUAGCAUCCUUAUCGUGGAUAUAUGAUUUGAAUUGGGAGAAGUAAUAGUGAAAAUAAAGGUGGUUGAGGAUGCAUUGUG